AUGUCAACCAACAACACUGAUUUCAACCUUCCGUCAUAUAUUAAAGAAAAUAUAACGUCUAUACGCAAUUAUUUAAAACAACAUGACUUAGAGUCGAUGAAAAUAGAAGAUAGUAAAUUAAUCGUUGUAAAAUCGAAUGGAAUAGUUGUGGAGCUUCGCGCUGCAAAAGACAUUCUCUCUUUGGCUAAAGAGAUUAUCAAAGUUAUGAUAGAUGAUGAUCUCACCGAAUUCAUAUCACAUCCGGUAUCUAACAUAGAUGAUAUAAGAUCCGGUUAUUAUGCAUCAUUAGAUGAAGGAGGAGAACCAUGGACAAGAUCUAUGUCCAAUUUUCAAAGAGGCUGUGGGAUUUAUUAUGAGUUGGUUAGAUUAGUAGUUGCUAAUACUGUCGGUGUGGGAGAGUAUGGAGAAGAAUGGAAGCGUCAUAUUAAAAACGACGUUUUUCAU